AUGAGCGACUACACGGUGCAUCGCCCUGGUGGUGCGCUCAAGUUCAAGGGCGACGAUGGCAAGAAGAAGAAGAAGAAGAAAUCGCACUCCUCUUCCUCGCUAGCGGCUGAGGGCGCCGCGAUCGAGACCAAACGCGAGCACUCGUCCAAGAAGGACAGCGCUAGAGACCGCGAAGUCCGGGAGGAUUCGAAGGAUCGGGACAGCCGGAGGUCAAGUGCUGCGCCGACCAGUGCAAGCGCUAGCCCCGCUCCGCCUCCGAGCGGUCCGAGAAAGACAGCAGCUGAGCUUCGUUACGAGGAGGUGCAGCGGAAGAGGACUCACAAGGAUCGACUCAACGAUUACAACUCGAAACUCGAGCGCUUGAGCGAGCACCACGACAUGCCUCGCUACGGUGGUUUAGCGAAGAGACCACAGGCCGGGGCUCUGAUCGUCGUCACGCCCCUCUCCACAAUCUCUUCAUCCAAUUGGCAGAGAAAGUCGGUCGUAAUCCUCGGUCUCUAG